AUGUCCUGCUACGACCUGUGCCUGCCCUCCUCCUGUGCUCCCCGGCCACUGGCCACCAGCUGCAACCAGCCCUGCUUCCGCCGCUGCGGGGACUCCACCGCUGUCAUCCAGCCCCCCGCUGUCGUGGUCACCCUGCCCGGGCCCAUCCUCAGCUCCUACCCUCAGAACACCACGGUGGGCUCCACGGCGUCGGCGGCGGUCGGGAGCUACCUGCGGUGCUGCGGGGUGCCCGUGUCCUCCGGCUGUCCCCGGGGGCUGGGCAAGGUGGGACUGCUGUGCCUGGGCAGCGGGCUCUAG